ACAUCUUGUACAUCAUCAAGGAGGUUUUAUGUGAGUCGAUAGGGCACCACCGACACUUUGUCUCGCUCUUGCGAUUGCGGCGAUGCUUUCAGGCGAUAUCCCCCCUAAUCAAACUAUUUACAUCAACAAUCUGAAUGAGAAGGUCAAGAAAGAAGAAUUGAAACGGUCUCUCUAUGCUUUAUUUUCACAAUAUGGAAGAAUUUUGGAUGUUGUAGCCUUGAAGACACCAAAGCUUAGAGGCCAGGCAUGGGUGGUCUUUGCUGAAGUCACAGCUGCUAGUAAUGCGGUACGACAAAUGCAAAGAUUCCCAUUCUAUGAUAAACCAAUGAGAAUUCAAUAUGCAAAAUCAAAAUCUGAUUGUGUUGCAAAAGAGGACGGAACAUUUGUUCCAAGAGAAAAGAAGAAGAAGCAAGAGGAAAAAGCCGCUGAAAAGAAACGUCGAGCUGAGGAGGCACAACAAUCUGCACAAACUAAUGGAGGGAUGCCUUGUUCUCAAGUUCCCCGUCAAGCCAAGCCCGGUUCUCAGGAGCCUGCUGCUGCUCCAAACAACAUCCUUUUCAUCCAGAAUUUGCCACACGAAACAACAAAGAUGGUGCUCGAGAUCCUUUUCCAGCAGUACCCAGGUUUCACUGAAGUUCGGAUGAUCGAAGCCAAGCCUGGUAUUGCCUUUGUGGAGUUUUCUGAUGACGUGCAGUCCUCCAUCGCAAUGCAAGCUCUCCAAGGUUUCAAGAUCACUCCCCAAAACCCUAUGGCCAUCACCUAUGCAAAGAAAUGACGGCGAUGUGUAUUCGGUCCUCACAAGGGAAGUCUAUUGAUGUCUAGGAUCACAAGGGGUUUUGGGUCUUGUUGCAACAUGUUUUGCUCUGUAAGUAUAUAUUUGCUUUAGUUGAUUGACGACGGAGCACUUACAAUGUUCUAUUAGUUGUUUUUGUUGAUGGAAGGGUAUGAAUUUUUCUUGGCUGAGGUGUUAGAUUAGCUGAUGAUAUGAAAUUCUCUUUUCCAUCACGAUGGACAUUAGGCCACAAACAUGUUAAAAUGAGAAAUUCUGAUAUGUGAAUCUUACGAUAUUUUUUUCCCCCUCA